AUAUAAAAUUUUCUCUCUGAAUGAUAAAAAUGAGCCGGUUGCACAACUUGAGUAGCCGCAAUUAUCUAAAAUGAGUAGUAUAAUUUUAUGUGCAAUAUAACUUGCAUUUAUCAAUAUCGCAUGUAUGCGCAAAAUUUUUGUUGCUCAGGUUAUUCAUGGUUAUCAUGUUCAACUCUUUUUUAAUUUUUUUUACUAUUUUUCAAGAUACUUAUUCAACGUUACAGAUAAAAAAAUGGCAUAUUUUUUCCAUCUUACAACGUUAUUUCUAAUGCUGUAUGCGACCAAGGCUGCAUAUCGAGGAACUUCUUGUCCAUCACCUUGCAGAUGUCUGAACUUCGAAGGGCUGCAGUCUGUGUACUGCAACAGGACUGGUAUAGAAGCCGUGCCGUCCGGUAUCCCAUCUGAUACACAGCUUCUUGAACUAUCGGAAAACGGCAUAGAACAUAUUGCAAAGGACGAUUUAGAGGGACUUAACAAUCUGCAAGAACUGUACUUAUCAGUAAACGGCUUCAGUGAGGGCAGCAUAGAAACGGGCGCGUUGGAUUUACCAAAACUAUUGACAAUUGAUCUAUCGUAUAACCAAUACCAGACGAUUCCGACAUGUCUCCCAAAGACCAUUAGAAAGCUUUGGUUUUUUAACAAUAAUCUAAAAUUAUUAAAAUCGGACAGUUUCGUUAAUUACACAGACUUGCAGUACCUCGAUGUUUCCAAUAACCAAAUGUCUGUGGUUGAAAAGGGAGUGUUCGAUCCUCUUUUCUUUUUACAGACACUGUACAUUUCAUUCAAUAACUUAACAGCUGACAGCAUACCCCCGGGUACUUUCAGCAGAACAUCAAACCUGCAGAUAUUAUCAGUUCGCUUCAACUUAUUACAACACAUGCUAAAAUACCUCCCGCGUUCUCUACAGCACUUGGAUUACGUUGGAAACCGAAUAAAAACGAUUCCGGCAUAUUUUUUCGUGGAUUUGCCAAACUUGGAAACAUUGGCAUUUUGGGAAGGCCAGGUAACUACAAUUGAGGACAAUGCAUUUUAUGGGUUAAGAAACUUGACGAUUCUUGACAUGAAUAUGAACAAGGUAUCUGUGAUCACCAACGACACAUUUACAAGUCUUACCAGCUUACAGACCUUCUACAUGUACUCCAACAACAUCAGAAAAGUCGAAGUUGGUGCCUUUCACCAUUUUGCUUCUUUGUCAGAAUUAUGGUUACAAGAUAAUAAAAUGUCAACACUACAACCGGAAGUGCUCGAUGUUAAAUACAUUCCGAAACUGUCCGAGCUAUAUAUAGACACCAAUCCUUGGUACUGUGACUGUCACCUCCGAUGGUUACGGGAGAAAGUUGGUAACGCCUCGUAUGUGAUUCAGGAUCCACACUUGAUCACGUGCGCUGGACCAGCAAAAUUAGCCGGAAAAGCAUGGGACGUUCUUAAGCCAAGCGACUUUGUCUGUCCAUAGUAAAAAAAAUAUUGUUUUUUCUUCUUUCAAAGCUUAAUUAACCCUUACCUGCUAAAUUUAUAUAAUGAACUUGUCCACCUUUCAAUUUGGACAGUACCAUUAACUGUUACAAGUGGGGCUUACCAUGAAUAUAGUAAUGUCUUACUGAAUGGCAACAGAGCAGAUCUUGAUCACGGAUGUGCAGGCUGAUCAAGAUGUGCACUGGUCUCAAAGGCAGAAUCAAUCGUGUCCAGCAUGAUAAGGGUCAAGACUUUAUUUUGUAUAAUAAAACACGAACUCAAUAAAAAAGUGAAAACAUUUAAA